AGGUGUUUUCAGGUCCGAAGCAUAAGCAUCCAUUUGUUAAACAACCCUAAUUGCAAUAGCUAUAACACUAAUAAUUUUCAAGGUCUCCAAACGGGCCGUCAAAAUUUCAGUUCCCGCUCGCGCCCUUGCGCCUGGCUAUUUAUGUAGUGUGGCAUUUUCUCUGGCAACAAAACGGAGGAAAAAAGCGUGGGAAAAUCUAGAGAGAGAAAGGGCGAGAAGUUAGAGAGAGAAGAUGAAGGAGAGAGUGAAGGCAGGGCAGCCAUCGGUGGACGAGAGGUACACACAGUGGAAGUCCCUCGUCCCUGUCCUUUAUGACUGGCUUGCCAACCAUAACCUUGUCUGGCCUUCUCUCUCAUGCCGGUGGGGGCCGCAGUUAGAGCAAGCUACGUACAAGAACCGCCAACGUCUUUACCUUUCUGAGCAGACUGACGGCAGUGUUCCAAAUACGUUGGUCAUAGCAAAUUGUGAAGUUGUUAAACCAAGGGUAGCAGCUGCAGAACACAUAUCACAGUUCAAUGAAGAAGCACGGUCUCCCUUUGUGAAGAAGUUUAAGACCAUUAUACAUCCUGGGGAGGUAAACAGAAUCAGGGAAUUGCCUCAGAACAGUAAGAUUGUCGCCACUCACACAGACAGUCCAGAUGUUCUUAUUUGGGAUGUUGAGGCGCAGCCUAAUCGUCAUGCUAUACUUGGAGCAUCAGAUUCUCGGCCAGAUCUGAUUUUGACAGGACACAAGGACAAUGCAGAGUUUGCACUUGCCAUGUGCCCUACUGACCCUUAUGUGCUCUCUGGAGGCAAAGACAAGUCCGUGGUGUUAUGGAGUAUCGAGGAUCAUAUAUCUGCUGCUGCUGCAGAAGCACCAUCGACAAAAUCUCCAGGGGUGCCAUCCAGUAGUGGCAGUAAGUCGAAUACCAAGACCGUAGGCCCCAGUGACAAAAUUCUGGAUAGCCCAGCUAUUGGGCCAAGGGGCAUCUACAAAGGGCACAGUGAUACUGUUGAAGAUGUGCAGUUCUGUCCAUCAAGUGCACAAGAAUUUUGCAGUGUUGGUGAUGAUUCCUGCCUUAUAUUAUGGGAUGCUCGAAUAGGCGUGGAUCCGGCCAUCAAGGUAGAGAAAGCCCAUAAUGCUGAUCUUCACUGUGUUGAUUGGAACCCUCAUGAUGAGAAUCUUAUCUUAACUGGCUCUGCUGAUAAUUCAGUUCGUAUGUUUGAUCGUCGAAACCUCACAUCUAAUGGGAUUGGAUCUCCAGUGUACAAGUUUGAGGGCCACAAAGCUGCUGUUCUCUGUGUGCAGUGGUCUCCUGACAAGGCAUCUGUAUUUGGUAGUUCUGCAGAGGAUGGAUACUUGAAUGUUUGGGAUCAUGAAAAGGUUAGUAAAAAGAAAGAAAAUGUAGGAAAUAAGAUGCCAAAUUCUCCUGCUGGUUUAUUCUUUCAACAUGCUGGUCACAGGGAUAAGGUUGUUGAUUUUCACUGGAAUGUUUCUGAUCCAUGGACAAUAGUUAGUGUAUCUGAUGAUGGAGAGAGUACUGGUGGAGGAGGAACACUACAGAUAUGGCGCAUGAGCGACUUGAUUUACAGGCCAGAGGAGGAGGUUCUGGAAGAGCUUGAGAAAUUCAAAUCUCACAUCCUUACAUGCUCAUCCAAGCCAUAAUUCAAAUCGUUGUUGUAUAACACUACCUGAUUGCUCACUCUGCUUGAUACAUGUAUGGGGCUGCUCUUUCUCAACGUUCAUUUAGGCUUCUAUUAUAGUAUAUAUAUAUAUAGGGUAUGGUAAGGACCUAGUCCACUAAUUUUUAUUUAAAAUCCAUUACCUUUUUGUGCGCAAGUGUGCUCCACAACUAGCUGAUGAGCAUUGAUAGAGCAUACACAGGCUGGGGUGAUUUCUUUCUCCUUGGGAACAGAUACGUGGUUGAAUUGGUUUGCUCUAUCCUUAUGAUGCAUUCUCAUGGGAGUGGAAUUCUGACUCUUCUCGAUUUCAUCCUGUUUCCAUGUUUGACAUUGUUUCCUUUUGGGUUGGUCAGUAGUAGGAAGCAAACUGGGGACAUAGUGGUGUUCCACGCUGAUGUCCUUCCAAAUGUUCCUCUACAAUUCUAAGCAAUUUCUGUAUUGAAUUUUAUUUUCUUCCAAAGAGGAUGAGAAUUUUGAUACCUUCGGGCAUUUAUAGGAUUUUAAGAUUGGGCUGUUUUCUUUAUUGAGGA